CCACUGCGGAUUUAAAGUCACUCCAAGUGUUGGAUUGUUGCGGAACCGCUAGGACUGUGUCAGAGCCCUGGCCUAAUCUGUGUCCUCAGUCCCAGCCAAGCGGGGCGCGAGGACCAUGGGUGCCUGGACAUCCAGGACCCGGGUCCCGACGCCGGAGCCCGACCCCCAGGAGGCCCUGGACUUGAGCCGUCUGCCCCCGGAGCUGCUCCUGCUGGUACUGAGCCACGUGCCCCCGCGCACGCUGCUGAUGCACUGCCGCCGAGUGUGCCGUGCCUGGCGCGCCCUGGUGGAUGGCCAGGCCCUAUGGCUGCUGUUGCUGGCCCGGGACCACAGCGCAGCGGGCCGCGCCCUGCUGACGCUAGCCCGCCGCUGCCUGCCCCCUGCCCGCGAAGACACGCCCUGCCCCCUGGGCCAAUUCUGCGCACUGAGACCGCUUGGACGCAACCUCAUCAGCAACCCCUGUGGCCAAGAAGGGCUGCGCAAAUGGAUGGUGCGGCACGGUGGGGAUGGAUGGGUGGUGGAGAAGAACAGGAAACCUGUACCUGGGGCCCCAUCACAGACCUGCUUCGUGACUUCCUUCAGCUGGUGUCGCAAGAAGCAGGUGGUGGACCUGGUGGAGAAGGGUCUGUGGCCAGAGCUGCUGGACAGUGGUGGUGUGGAGAUUGCUGUCUCAGACUGGUGGGGAGCUCGACACGACAGUGGCUGUAAGUACCGUCUCUUUGUCACACUUCUUGAUGCUCACCAGAACGUCAUAGAUAAGUUCUCCGCUGUGCCAGACCCCAUUGAACAGUGGAACAAUGAUGUCUACCUGCAGGUCACCCACGUGUUCUCCGGCAUCAGGAGGGGCGUACGUUUCAUCUCUUUUGAACACUGGGGCCAGGACACACAGUUCUGGGCUGGCCACUAUGGGGCCAGAGUGACAAACUCGAGUGUGAUCAUAAGAGUCUGUCAGUCCUAGUCAAAAGGCCACCAUUUUGGCAAGACAAUCUGACUGUGCCUUCCUGGAGCUGUCAGCUGGAAUCCCUCAUGAGUCAAAAACUUUACCUCCCUGGCACAUGGAAUUCUGGGAUACAGUGAAGGGUCCUCCUUGGUCUUGUUUUCAGAGUCUGUAACACUGAAGCCCUCUCUCAGAUCUACCUAUUGCUGCUGCUUUACAGCAUGAGUGCCUGGGUGCAUGGAUGCGUGGGUGCCCAGAUGCAUGGAUGCCUGGGUGCCCUGAUGCGUGGAUGCCUGGAUGCAUGGGGUGCCCUGAUACAUGGGUGCAUGGGUGCCUGGGUGUCCAGAUGCAUGGAUGCAUGGGUGCCCUGAUGCAUGGGUGCAUGGAUGCCUGGGUGCCCUGAUGCAUGGAUGCAUGCUGGUCUCAGGUCACAAGCUGCCUCUAUUUCAGUUCACUCACCCUCUUUGCCCUGUCCCCAGUAUUCAUCCCCCACCCUUUUUUGAGACAGGGCAUCCCAGCUGGCAACAACCCUCCUGCCUUUGACACUUAUGUGCUGGGACUAUAAGCACACACCAGUACCACUCAGUCUUGUGCAGUGCUGGGGAUGAGCCCAGGGUUUCAUGCAUGCCAGGCAAACAUUCUACUAUCUGAGCAACAUCCCCAGUGUCCCCUCUGGUCACGUCCUGUUUCUGCCUCAGGGAUUUUCUCUGUCCCUUCACUGAGGCCCUCUACUUAGGGCUGAACAUAGGAUUUAUGGCUAGCAGAAUUCCAGCUCCCUUGGGUAAGGAACCAAAGCUCUAUUGGCUAUAGCCAGCCUCCUCAUUAAAGAGUGUCUUAGGGUAUAUCUGCCCACAGAUUUUUCUCCAGACAGUUAGGAAGUGCCUAGAGUCCAGGCCCCGAUCAUCAAAGAUGUCUAUAUUGUAUAAUAUUUAAAGUUAUUUUUAAUUUUCUCAAACAGUGAGAGAAUAUCUAUCUGGCAAUAUCUAUCUGCCAAUUUCACUGUAAUAAAUUGAUUAUUUUGCCUAAACUGGUUCAUAUCUUUUUCUUUGUUUUGGUCUUUUUUUAAUGCUUUAUGUGAUUGUU